AUGGCUCUUCUAAAUGACCACGACUUGUUGAAUCUACCACUAGAGUUUGAAAAGAAAAAGCACUAGCUCAAACUUCUUGAUUAGUCUCCAAAAUCUUUUUUCAUGGAUGUGAAGUGCCAAGGCUGCUUUAAUAUAACAACUAUGUUCAUCCAUUCCCAGACCGUGGUUGUUUUCAUAAAUUGCCAAAUUGUGUUGUGCCAGCCUACCGGUGGUCGUGCUAGACUUACUGAGGGAUGUUCUUUCAGGAGAAAGGGAGACUAGAGAAGAUAGUAAUCUUUUUAGAAUUGAACUUUAACAUUCAAAUGGGAAUUUUGGUGCAAUACUCUAUUUUCUUAAUUAAGUCUAAAUAUUAAAUAAGAAAAUAGAGUACUGCACCAAAAUUCCCAUUUGAACAUUAAGUUCAAUUCU